UUUAUUAAAAUCUAUCUUUUUUAGGUGUUUUAUUUAUACAAUAAGAGCAAAAGAAUAUUUUUAUUAGUUUUCUAUUAUUAAACACUAUGAAGCGUUCUGAAUAAAUGUUUGGUUGAAUAAUGGCUUCAGCAAAAUUAAGACGAAGAACAGUUACUGAUGACAAAUUUCUAGCUGUUGAGAAAACAAGAACUAUAAAACCUGCAGAUUUUAAAAGUCAUCUUAAGUUUUCUGAAUUUAGCCAAGCAGAUUUCAUUGAGCUACUAUGUUUAAUGGAAGCUGAACUACAAGCCAAAGAUAUACUCUUGAAGGCUAUUUUAUCAGGUGAAGUUGGUACAGCAUUACCUUUAUCUAAUUUACUAAAUGAUUUUGAAUGCCAAAUUGUUUCUAAUGAAAAGCAUGCGACUGAAGAGGAUGAAGAGGUCUGGCUGGGCGAACCCUCUGCUCAUUUAACUCAUGUGGUUGCAUAUCAUCAAGUAGUUACAGAACAAAUGCAAACUAUUGUUAAUUCAUUGCAAAAACAACAUCAGCAGGUCUUAAAGCAUCUAUCAGAAGAGAAGCAUCGACAUGCUGUAGAUCGCGCACAAGGGGAUGAUGUCACAUACAUGCUAGAAAAAGAAAGAGAAAAACUUCAACAUCAAAUAGAGGUUGAGCAACUCAAGUAUAUUAAACUAGAAAAUGAAAACAACACCAUUAUUAAAAUUCUUGAAAAUGAAAGACAAGAGCAUUGCAACACGUUUAAUAACCUUGUAAAUGAUUGUAAAGCAUUUGCUCAACAGCUAAUGCAACAAUCUCUUAAGUAUGAACAGUGUCUAAAAGAAAUAGAAAAAGAAAAACUAAAAAAUAAAUUAUUAAGUGAACUUAUGGUAAAAGAAGCACAGCGAUUUAAAGAAAAACUAAAGUCAUAUGAAGACCAGGUUAAUGAUCUCCAUGUUCUUGAGCAAAAAAGACUUGAUUUAGAAAUGAAAUUAGUUGUGUCAGAAAAGUCAUCAAAAGAAACGUUUCGUCAAUUAAAUGAAGAAAGAGCAAAAAAUAGUAAGCUCCAAUUCCAAUUAAAUCAACUGCGUAAACGCUUACCCCCUGAAUGGAGUGAUGAAUGCAGUGAUGAAGAUAUAUUACUAGUACAAGAUCAAAUCGAAAUACCAUUUCGACAAGCAAAAACAUCAACAAUUCAACUCAGCAAUAGUUCAGAGCAUACUAACUCUGACGAAAAUAAAAUUUUUCCUUCUACAAUGAUCUUACAACAGGGGAAAUUAGCUGCAGUUAAAAAAUCUGACACUAUUAGCAAUUCUCCUCAAUUUUUAAGAAGAGAAAUUUUUACUAAUAAUAUUGACAAUAAAAUGAAAAGACGAUCAUUUGAGGACAUGGGAUCCUUAAAUGUCACACAUAACUCACAAGAUACAAUGAAACGGAAUUCUUAUGAAAGUAUACCCAAUCAAUCUUAUGAUCAACAAAAUAUUUUUAAAGAAAAACAUAAUUCAUAUGAAGAAAUAAAUGAAUCUCAUUCAUUACAUUUUGUAAAUUUAUGCGAUGAUAAAAAUAACAGAAUAUUACCUCCCGCUCCCCCUCGUCGAGUUUCAUCUUUAAAUGAAAAAACACCUAUUGUUAAAGUACCUAUGCAACUUCAGCCAAAAAAAUCAGCUGUCACAUCUUUAACCAUGGUGCCCUCUCGUCCUGGAGCAUCUUCAGAAAACACAAAUUUUAAGCUAUUGGUUGAAUCUGAUUAUGGCUGGAGGUUCAACCAAGAUGGGUUUUUUUCAGAAACUAGUUAUUGUGUUGAAUUUAUAUCACUUCUUCAUAUUAACCCUUUGAUUUCUUGGGAAGAUUUAUCUAACUUAAUCAAUAAAACUUUUGAGAAAGAAUUUGCUUCAAAAUUUUUUCAGAAUAAAGGUUUGAAUUUCAAAUGUAUUUUGUUAUAUAAAAUUGGUGAUUUUGAAUGGAGACCAGAAUGUUGCCCUCCUAAAGAAACAGUAGCAGAUGUUUUGCAGCAACAAAACAAUAACCAUGCACUCGAUACAAUUAAAAUUCAAAUUAAAGGUUUUGCAGAAAAGAGUCUUUUUAGUUUGGCAUUUUCUUCAAUGAUGUGCAUUUCAUCACUCGAAGAAGUUAAUAGAAUUAUAACACAAGAAAACAGACUCAUGUUUACCGUCAAUGAUAUUAUUGAGGGUAGAUACUUCGUAGCAUGCUUAGCUAAUUGGUUUCAGAAAACUGAAGAGCUAAAGAAUACUUGUACAAUUUUGGUGAUAGAUGAAGGGGAUAAUCUACUUGAACUUACAAAAAAAUUAUCAAACUGUGGAGCAAUUCAUAUAGUCAACAAGAAGCCUGUUAAUGAAAAAUUUAUCAUAACUCUCAAUAUUGAUUAUAUUGAUAAAGCAGGAUUUACUACUUUAGUUUUUGAUUGGAUGAAUUUAGUUCAAAUUGGAAAUAUAAACAGGCGUAUUGCACACCAUUCUGCAGAUGGUGAGUUAUGUUUGCAUAAAGAUGCUAUUGUGUUGGCAUAUGCUUCAAACAGCAAAGUGAUAAGUCCAGGGCAAUGGACGUAUCGUUUGUUCAAGCUGAUUUCGUUACCUUCCCUGCUUCCUGCUUUUCUUCAUAAGUGGCUGUGUCAAAAUAUUGCCUUGUUUUCAUCUCAGUACAUCAGUCAAAAUGGAAUGUUGGAGAAAAUAAGAUGGCUUACAGAUGUUUAUCAAAACCUACGAAAAACUUUUAACAAAAUAGAGUUAAUUUCUAAACUACCAGAUGUAAGAAUAUAUCUGAGUGCUCCUUUGGAUAAUGAUGAACAGCUGCUAAUUUGGCUAAAAGACUUAUGGAUUGCUAAAAUCACACCGUGUGUAGAAGAUAGUGUCAUGUAUCGAUCUUCAUCUGCAACAGAAAAUCAACAAAAUGUUCUUGUUGCUGCAACACUUAAAGCUUUGUUUGAAAAAGCAAUCAGACCCGGUUGUCCGUUUAAUUUUGAUAUUACAACGUCUUGAGCUUUUACGUAUCUGACCUAUUAAGUGUACCCAUUACUCCAAGCAGAAACAAGCUGAUCCAUUAAGUUUACGUGAUGUACCAAGUAUGUCUAUAAAACGGUUUAACCUUUAUUAGUUGUAAUGUGGAAAUAUUUGAUUUUUAUCUUGUCUGUCUGCGUAGGAAAUAAUUUUCUAAAU